AUGGCAGCACUCCGCGUGGAAUGGGUGAAAGCCCGUGCACACACCCUAUGCUGGAAUGAAGAAGUUUUACUCCUGAGGGAAGAGAUGCGGCGCACACGUACUUUUCUUGAGUGGAAAGCCAGGUGGUGGGAGAAUCACGCAAAAUUCACAGUGGACGACAGCCUAUCAUCGGAAGGGAUGGCAGUGUAUGCUUUUCGGCAAGCAGUGCUGCAGCGUAGGCUUUCUAAUUCAUUUCUACAGCUCUGGUCUGCUUCAUUAACAACAAACCAGGUUCAUGCUUCCCAGUCGAAUGUUGACGAGGACGAGGACAUUGUCAUUCAUGGCGAGACCUAUGAGGAUGAUGCGGAGGAUGAUCUGGAGGAUUAA